AUGUCGGACCCAGGAUGUAAAGGAAGUCCCGAUUGUGAUUCAUUUACGGAUUGUAAGACGUGCACCAGACAUGAAUCAUGGAGUGGGGAUAGUUGCCGGUGGUGUCCUUUAGAUCGAGAAUGUCAUGCAUAUGCAUCGCUGGAGAACACUUGUAGGGAAGAUGAAAAUAUAAAGUCACCAUUUUUUUGCUCAAGAGAUGACAAAAAGUAUGGUAUCUACAGCCCGCGUAGGGCGGUUACGACAACCCUUCUAUCAGCUAUUGCAUAUUCUGACGAUCCACAGAAGUGUAUCAAAGCAAUUAUGCCUAACAGUGAUUUUGAACUUCAGCACGCAGUCGGACAAAGGUGUGAAGACUAUCAUCUGUUUAAAUACAAAGAAUGCUAUGCAUACACUGCUAUUUCUCAUGCAAAAAGAAUGAUAAUACUAGCUUACCGUGGCACCACUGAUGAAAAUAACGAUAAUGCACAACUUCACGAUGAACUUUUGUCAGUUUUAACGACACCAAAAGCGCCUUUUAUAACUGGAGGAGAAGUCCAAUAUUAUUUCAAAAAUGCCUAUGAUAAAUUGUUUCCGUGCGUUAGAAGAAGCAUCGGAGAUUUGGUAAAUCUGUAUCCAGAUUAUGAUGUUGUUAUAACAGGCCAUUCCCUUGGUGGAGCAAUAGCAUCACUUGCCGCUGUGUCUCUUAUUCAUACAGGUGUUGUGCCUGAAAAUAAACUGUCAUUGUACACAUUUGGAAUGCCAAGAGUUGGGGACAAAGAGUAUGCUCUCAAUCAUGAUAGGAUUGUCAAUAAUAGCUGGCGAGUUGUUCAUCGACGGGACGUUGUUCCCCAUCUUCCAAUGUGUAAUGUAGCAUUUGGAUGUAGAGUAACGGCAAGUGGUCCAUACCACCAUCGAACAGAAAUAUUUUAUCCGGAAAAUGAUAUGAGCAUAAAUUCGUAUUACAAACUGUGUAGGGAGGACGAAGAUGACGAAUGUAGUGAUGGUCUUGUUACAGACAACUGGUGCGUACCAGGUGUAGAUUGGGAUACUUGCGUUCGUUUUCAUAAAUGGUACUUUAACAUUCCAGUUGGUACAUACUGCGAGGAAAACGGAUCCCGGAAAAAACGCAGUUCCUCUCAGCGCUCACUGAUGUGGGAUAAAUUUUCAAAUGACGAAUGCAGGCUGAUUGAUAUUUCAGAAGAAUUUACAGUCAACGCCGCAUCUGAAACAGACCUAAAGAAUUUCACCACUGACCCCAAUUAUACCACCAACACGGAGAAUGUCAUUACUGACCCAACGAAUACCACUACUGAACCAAAGAAUAUCACUACUGGCGCCGAUUCUGGAGUUGAAAAUGCGGUUACAAAAGAAUAUAACAUCUAUAACAGAUAUUGA